ACCCGGAAGGGGGGGCGCGCCCCGAGGCCCGCUCCCUGGCCGGCCAGUGGGUCCAGCUGGGAGCGGCCAGGUGUGGGCUCCCUUCAGCGCGAGAUGGCGGCGGCGGCGGUGAGCGGAGCCAAGCGGAGCCUGCGGGCGGAACUGAAGCAGCGACUACGAGCCUUGAGCGCCGAGGAGCGGCUGCGCCAGUCCCGCCUCCUGACUCAGAAGGUGGUCAUUUCCUGUCAGGUGAUGGCCCACAGCCGGUACCAGCGUUCCCAGAGGGUCUCCAUCUUUCUGAGCAUGCAGGAUGAGGUGGACACGGAAGAGAUCAUCCGGGACAUUUUUCGACAAGGCAAAACCUGCUUCAUUCCCCGCUACCAGUACCAGAGCAACCACAUGGACAUGGUGAGACUGGCAUCACCUGAAGAAAUUCCUUUACUUCCCAAAACCUCGUGGAACAUCGCGCAGCCUGCUGCUGGUGAGGCGCGGGAGGAGGCCCUGUCCUCGGGAGGACUGGAUCUCAUCUUCAUGCCAGGCCUGGGCUUUGAUGAAGACGGCAACAGGCUGGGCCGGGGUGGAGGCUACUACGACGCCUACAUCAGGCGCUGCCUCCAGGGCCAGGGGGAGAGGCCCUACCUCCUGGCCUUAGCCUUCAAGGAGCAGCUCUGCCCCCGGAUCCCUGUGGGUGACCAGGACAUGAGGGUGGACGAGGUCCUCUAUGAAGACGCAGACACAGAUGACAGCUCCGUGCCUUAGUCCCAGGACUGCAGACCUAGCCGCACAGCAGUGCCUUCUACCCAGUGUGCCUGCCCGCUCACAGCUCUGAAGUCAGGCGUGCUGGUUCACGCCUUUCAUCCCAGUUACUCAGGAGGCUGAGAUCUGAGGAGCCUACUUCGAGGCCAGCCCACACAGGGAAGUCUGAGAGACUCUUUGCUUAAUAACCAAAAAGCUAGAAGAGGAGCUGUGGAAUCAACUGGUAGGGCACCAACCUUAAGUGAAAAAGCUAAGGGACAGCACCCAGGCCUUCAGUUGAACCCCCAGGGCGAGCACAGAACAACAGUGACAGCAGCACAAACGGUGAUUGUGGGCUGCAAAUGUUUGGGUAUAAGUGUGCGGGUCCUAACAUUAAAUUGUCUAUGAAAUCA